AUGGGCGCUUCAGCCAGGGAUACCGCCGGCACUGCAUGCAUAGCAGCAUUGUCCGGUCAACUUCGCCCCAAGAAGGCAUUGAUUGACGCUUGGGCUGAAGGUCGAAGCAUCGGCGGCUCUCGGCACUGCUCGGCAUCUCCACUGCUGAUGCCGUGUCUUGCUCUCUUCCUCCAUCUGCCCCAUCCAGCUUAUCCACGCUGUUUCACUCUGUCGCAACAUUCUUGGUGGAUGCACCGGCAGAGCAUGUAUCAUCUCGGCAAUUCUCAGUGCCAAUGCAUAUUCCUCGUCAUCCGAUGGUCCUUGGAAUUUGAAACUGCCACUGCCGAUCCCACUAUCGAGACGCUGGCAGAGACUCUUUAG